ACACUCCAGUCAACACCAAUAUUAAACUUCAACCAACCCUUCUCUGGUGGUGACCAAGCUUUUUUCCUUGCAGCCAUUGUAUUCAAACACUGCCAUGUAAUAACAUCCAUAGUUAUAUACACAUAAACAAUUUAUAUCUGAUUCUAUCACAACAACAUUACUUCAAAAUGAUCAGGAACCUUUUCUUGGAAAUUAAUAAAGAAACCUUUAUAGCUUGCUACGAGAUCAUGAUUGAAUUAAAAGAAAAUGUACAUCGCCCCAAUUUUGAACACAAAUCAAAAAUUUAAAAUAUACUACUCUAAAAAAUGUUUGUUUGAUGUUUCCACACAUGUUACUAAAACAUGAUAAAUUUUUAUUAUAAAUUUAUUAUGUUUUGUGAUUAUCUAUUUUCCGUAAAUUUAAUAGAUACAAUUAUUUUUUUCAAAAUUUAUAAUUAGUUAGUCUUAACUGAAAAAUGCAUGGAAAAUGUAAAAAAAAAAUGUAAUUUGGAAAUAAUUUUUUUCAUAAUUUUUUAUUGCGAAACAGGUGCAAUUUACACAUUUUUAAGUCCACUGGAUCUAAGAUAAAUGUGCAUUACAAGUUUACAACCUAGAAAGCAGAUACAUAAAAUAAAGGAUUAAUUAAAUAUACUGUAUUAAAUAAAAUUAUGAAACUGAUACUAAUUAAUCAGAACGAGACCGUGAUAAAAAGGGAAACUUCUCUCUUGAUACCUCACGCGAAAAUCCAGCGUUUUCAACUUUUGUUGUUUGUUUUCAACUUACAAGAAAAACUUUCAAACGAACACAGCGUCGACCCCAUCUCUCUCUCUCCCUUUCAUUUUCCCUUUUAUUUUGGAUCUUUCUUACUUACGUGCAUAUCAAGAAAACUGAAAAAGACACUGUUCUCUUUCAUCGAAUUCAAUAUUCAGAUUUGUGGUGCGAUAUAGGGUUUGCUUUUCUUCUUCUUCUUCGGAACAAAGAGAACAAUGGGACAACAGAACUUGAUCUACAGCUUCGUGGCUCGUGGCACGGUGAUUCUCGCCGAGUAUACUGAGUUUAAAGGUAACUUUACUUCCGUUGCUGCACAGUGCCUCCAGAAGCUUCCUUCUUCGAACAACAAGUUUACCUACAACUGCGACGGUCACACCUUCAAUUACCUCGUCGUAAAUGGCUUCACGUAUUGUGUUGUUGCUGUUGAAUCGGUUGGGAGGCAGAUUCCAAUGGCCUUCUUGGAGCGUGUUAAGGAAGAUUUCAACAAGAGAUAUGGUGGUGGAAAGGCUACCACUGCUAAACCCAAUAGCUUGAACAAAGAGUUUGGGUCUAAACUGAAGGAGCAUAUGCAGUACUGUGUGGAUCAUCCUGAGGAGAUUAACAAACUUGCUAAGGUUAAGGCUCAGGUGACUGAGGUGAAAGGUGUUAUGAUGGAGAACAUUGAGAAGGUCCUUGACCGUGGUGAGAAAAUUGAGCUUCUAGUGGACAAAACUGAAGACCUUCGUUCACAGGCACAAGAUUUCAGAACGCAAGGAACAAAGAUAAGAAGAAAGAUGUGGUUUGAGAACAUGAAGAUUAAGCUCAUAGUCGCUGGUAUUAUCAUUGCUUUGAUUCUCAUCAUCAUCCUCUCAGUUUGUCAUGGCUUCAAAUGUACUUAAAACUUGAAAAG